ACUACGGUUCUGCAUGCUUUGCUCAUUUAUGUUAGGUGUUUUUAGAUUUCACUCAAAGUUAAUUUCGGGAGUGUUGAUCUAUCCAAAUAGUUAUGAUGUAGCACUGAAACACCGUUCUGCAUGUGGUUUGCCUAUAGGAAACGUCUAGAAAAAUGGUCUCAUUCCACAACGUAAGACAUAAGUACGUAACUGCUCUUCCUAGGUAUUAACGUGUGCAGACACUAAUUUAGUAUUCAUGUAAAUGAAUACAAUUAGGAGACUCAAGCUCCUCACUUUGCGAACAAAUUGUCAAAAGCCUUCAGAAUAGGUUAUUCUUGUCUCACUAACUUAUUAGUGGCUCGUGAUAGCUGGUGCGCUCUUAAGGACCAAAAGCUACCUGUAGACGUAGCCUUCAUUGAUUUAAGUAAAGCUUUUGACAAAGUCCCGCACAACCGGCUGUUUUAUAAGUUAAGAAAAGUCGGGAUUGGAGGCAAUUUAUUGAUGUGGAUAAAAGACUUCUUAGUUGGGCGUCAACAAAGAGUAAGGGUAAACUCAAAGCUAUCUAACUGGGAAACUGUGCUUAGUAGAGUUCCCCAGGGUACAGUAUUGGGGGCAGUGCUAUUCUUUUAUGUAAAUUACCUUCCUCGUCUCCUAUCAUCAUCGGCCUAGCUAUAUGCUGACGAUGUCAAGAUAUGGAGAACGAUACGAUGUGAGGGUGAUAGCUUAGAACUCCAAAAUGACCUGAAGAAAUUAUCUGAAUGGUCUCAAACCUGGCAGUUGCCGAUAAAUACUUCCAAGUGUGUUGUGAUGGAUAUCGGUCAUCAAGGUACAAAUACAUACACGAAUAACACUGAGCUACCUGUCGUCCAGACACAUAAUGACUUAGGAGUCAUCGUUAGCCAAGACUUAAAGACUACUGCACACUACCGUGCAAUAGCCGCUAAAGGUUUUAUAACGUUAUGGUCAAUACGUAGGGCUUUUAGUCAUGUCGACGCUAAAACGUUUUUGACUUUGUAUGCAGUGUUCGUACGUCCUAAACUUGAGUACUGCAUACAAGCGGCUAGCCCCUGCUUAAAAAAAGACGGUGAGCUUCUGGGAAAGGUUCAGAGAACGGCGACUAAGCUGAUUCCCGGAAUAGCGAAGCUUCCGUAUGAAGUUCGACUGGCCAAGCUGGACCUUUUCUCGUUGUCAUAUCACAAAACUAGAGGCGACUUGAUUACAGUCUACAAAUUGCUUAGUGAUAAAUUUGCACCUAAUAUGCCCUCAUUUUUCUUGUCUUCCAAAACAGAGAAUUUACGAGGACACUCCAAAAAAGUUCACAAGCCAAGAACAAAUUACUUGUCAGCUGACUAUCGACUUUCCCAUCGAAUAAUCAACGAGUGGAAUUCACUACGUCAGCACGUGGUUGUGGCUCCAUCCGUCGACUCUUUCAAAAGAAAGUUGGUUCAACUGAGAGACUACCAUUGCCAGGACUAACAUAGGCCAUCAAGCCUCCUGUCCUCCCCAAACUGAAACCGAAACUAGUCCUCUAUCAGUUGGGCUCUGUUCAGUCUCUUAAAUGGAUUAGUCCAUCUGUUGAAAUUGAGAACAUUAGGUCGCGAUAGUUGAUAAUUUGUGCAAAAGUUCUUACUUCAGGCGGAUGUGGUUGGUAAGCCAAUUACAUCUUAGUAGAUGUAAUCACCUGAAGUCUGAUCUGAGUUACCUUUCAAACAGUACAUACAGUCUGCACAGUUUUUAAGCUGGGACACAUUUUGUGGUUUCUGUGAUAAAUCCUCUCGGUCGUGUUCCGUGAAAAGGGAUGGUUGAGUACGAUUGAAUUCAAUCAAUUGACAUGCCUAGCAUCCCAUUCCCACACGACAGUCGAGCAAUAUGAUUAGCCCUCACCGAUUCAAAUUUGUGUAGUAAGGACAGAAGACCUACGAACUAUAUUAUUCCUUUUCUAGUAUGAUUCUGUGAGUGUCCAGUCUUCUCUUAAAAGAGUCAAUUGAAGGUGCGAACACCACUGCUUCGGGCAGCAGGUUCCAAGUAUUGAUGACUCGGUGUGGAAAACUGUAUGCCACAGGUAGUUUGUUCGUUCUUGGCUUUUCUACUCGCCUGCUAUGUCCUCUGAGAUGUCCCGAUCUAGUGGGAAGAAAAAGAGAAUAGAUUAGGUCCAAAACCAUUUCUCAGUAUUCUGUACAUCAAAAUUAGAUCUCCCCUUAGUCUGCAAUAGAAGAGAGUAAAGUUGUCCAACUUUUCAAGCCGCUCUUUGUAUGGUAGAUCCCGAAGUUCUGGAAUUGUGCUGGCAGCUGCCCUCUGUACUUUAUCUAAGAUAUCCGAGCCACCUUUUAAACAAGGGCUUGCAGCCUGAACGCAGUUCUCAAGCUUAGUUCUCACUAAGGUUGUGUAAACUGUGGUGAGCAUUCUAGUAUCUAACUUGGUGAAUGUCCGUUUUAAAGCCCAGAGGGUUUGAAACCCCUUAGCUGCGACCUCCAGGCAAUGGGCCGUCGUCUUAAGAUCAUGAAUCACUGUCACCUCUAGAUCCUUAUGAGACCGGACCACGGGUAAUGGCACUUCCCCUAUGUUGUACCUAUUAAUUUUUGAAUCCCCUUAGUGCAUGUAGACACACUUUGCUGUGUUGAUAGGCACCAGCCACUCUUUAGACCAGUUAAUCAUAUUAUUUAAGUCUACCUAAAGAGCACGUGCGUCUGUGUUUCCAGUUGUUACUCACCAGAUUUCUACGUCGUCAGCGUACAAUAACAUUGGAGACUGUACUAUGCUUGGCAGAUCAUUAACAUACAUUAUAAAAAGUAAAGGACCUAGGACAGAACCUUGACGUACUCCACUAAGUACUGGUCUCACUUGGAAUUUAUUAUUACUUUCUGUCUACGACCUACUAGGAAAUCCUUCAUCCAUUUUAAUAGAGGUCCGGCAAUACCAAGGUUUUCCAACUUCAAAAGCAGUCUAUUUGUUGGCACCUUGUCAAAAGCUUUACUGAAGUCUAUGUAGACAACAUCCGCUGAGUUCCCGUUGUCUAGUGCCUUUAUCCAGGACUCCUUUGCCAUAAGGAGGUUCGUUGUACAAGAUAGACCCUUUCUAAAACCAUGUUGUUUUAUGUUUAGCAAGUUGUUGGUUUCCAUAAAUGCCGUUAUGGUCUGUUUAACUAUUCUUUCCAAUAUUUUAACUACAACACUGGUGAGACUUACAGGUCUGUAGUUCGAUGGAAGUUGUCUUGGUCCUGUUUUAUGUAUAGGAGUGACGAUUGUGUCCUUCCGAUCCAUAGGCAGCAAACAUUGUUCAAAUGACAUGUUGAAUGUCACAGUCAGUGGGGCCGCGAUAUAUUGUGCAAUAUGUAGUAGUUCAUCUUGUCCUGUUGACUUUUCCAUGUCUAAGGUGCUAAGAGCCUUGAGCAUAUCGUCUUGAUCGAAGUCCGCGGUUAGCAGGCGGUUUGUUGACUGUUUAUUUUGGUUUGGUUCUUUGUCUAGAGGAGGUUCUUGAGUGAAAACUGCCCCAAAAUAGUCAGCCAUAGCCUCUGCUUUUUCCUGAUCUUUCUCUAUCAUUUCAGAUUCACUUCCUUCUUUAAUUAGGUUGAGAAUCCAAUGAUGCAUCCUUGUUCUGUAGUUUAUGUACGAGAAUAUUCUCUUGGGCUGCUUGAGUGCAGAUUGUGCCAACUGCAUUUCAUAUUUUUUUUGAGCUUCACGAAGUUUUGUUAUACACUUGUUUCUUACCGAUCUUUAGCGUUCCAUCUUGCCAGGGCGGAUGGCAACAUCCCAACAUUUCUUCUUUUGUUUUAGUAAACGUCGAAUAUCCUGGCCUAUCCAGGGAUGACCGUGCUUCUUCUUCUUUGGAACUGUCCAGGGUAUGUAUGGUUGAGUUUCCCGAUUGUAUAACUGCCUGAAAAGAGCCCAUGCCUCUUGUAAUGAUGCCCUUGAGUCAAUUUCCCAGUUUUCAGCCGAUGCUGCGGAGUUGAUUGCCUCCAUAUCUGCCUUCCAUAUGUUAGGACGGGCCGGCGUAACUGUUUGACAGGCAAUCUCAGCCAUGAAUUUAAAUAAGAUGACUGCAUGGUCACUUCUCCCUAGUGGUGGGAGAAAAUUCAUUUGACCAACGUCAUCACCGUGUGUGAAGACUAGAUCUAAUAGAGAAGAGUUUCUUAAGUCAUAUCUUGUGGGGUUUCUAAUGUUUUGGAAUAAAGCUAAUCCAAGCGAUGUUUUCAACAGUUUGCAUUCGAACGACGUUACUGAUGACCCUACUUCUAAGUUAACCCAGUCUAUAUACGGUGCAUUAAAGUCGCCUACUACAAGGCUUUUACCCUUUUUACACCAAAACUUAAGUUUACUUAGGAGAAAAUCAUCUGCUACACAUUCUGGACUGCAAUAUACUACAACUAAUUCAAUAUCUUGCCGUCUACAUUUCAGCUCACAUCGCACCAGUUCACAUGUCCCUGAAACACGUGCCACUGUCUCAGCUGCUCUUACGGUUAGGGUACUUUUCGUGUACAGGAUAACCCCGCCUCACGGAAAUUUUUUUAGAAGUACAAUAAAUCUGUACAUGAUAACGACUAUGGAAUUUCUGGAUAUCAAUCUGGAUGAAGUUGCUUCUGCUUUUCACGAAGCUAAACGUUUUGGGAAAAGAUGUAAAGAAGCUCCUGAUGGUGCGAUUGAAGUUAAACGAUGUCUCAAAAAGUUCCCAAAGUUCCAAACAUACGUGCUUUUAUCAGGUAGCGGUUGCAUUCAUGAGGUUGUCUAUCCUGCUGGUUAUGCACUCAAUGAAUUGAAGAAUCUAGAAAAUCCUGUAAGGAAUUAUCCCUUUACUUUGGAUCCAUUUCAGCAACGCGCCAUUCUAUGUAUUGAAAACGAACAGUCUGUUAUGGUAUCUGCCCAUACAUCUGCUGGUAAAACUGUGGUUGCUGAGUACGCAGUUGCUAAAAGUCUGAAGCAGAAUCAGCGCGUUAUUUACACAACGCCUAUCAAGGCCCUGAGCAAUCAAAAGUUUCGUGAAUUCUCUGAGAUUUUUAAAGAUGUUGGCCUAAUGACUGGUGAUAUAACUAUCAACCAAGAAGCAACUAUUCUUAUAAUGACAACAGAAAUAUUGCGAUCUAUGUUGUACAGAAGCUCAGAUGUAACUCGUGAGGUUGGCUGGGUUAUUUUCGAUGAAAUUCAUUAUAUGAGGGAAAAAGAACGUGGUGUUAUCUGGGAGGAAACCAUCAUCUUAUUACCUGAUAGUGUUGGGCUUGUCUUUUUAAGUGCAACAAUUCCAAAUGCUCGUGAAUUUGCUGAAUGGAUAGUGUUUUUACAUAGAAAGCCUUGUCACGUUGUUUACACUGAUUGUCGUCCUGUUCCAUUACAGCACUAUGUUUACCCGUGUGGUGGAGAUGGAAUUCAUUUGGUAGUCAAUCAGAACCGUGAAUUUAUUGAAUCUAACUUCAAUCUUGCUUUAAAUACUUUACAAAAUGCCGCUGGCAAUUCGAUUUCUGAUAUGAAAUCCCGUGGACGUAAUGGUGGCAGCACCCGUUCUCAACCAUAUUGCUCGAAGUUAGUCAAGUUGGUAAUGGACCAAAAUUUGGAGCCACUUAUUGUAUUUUCAUUUAGCAAAAUGGAUUGUGAAUUCUAUGCAAUGCAACUAAACAAGAUGGAUUUUAGUACACAAUCAGAAAAGGCGGCUAUUGAACUUGUGUUUAAUAAUGCCAUUGAGAGUCUUUCCGUUGACGAUCGAAAUCUUCCUCAGGUUCAAAUUUUACUGCCCGUUUUACGUCGUGGAAUAGGUAUACAUCAUGGUGGACUGUUGCCUAUACUCAAGGAAAUUGUUGAAGUAUUAUUCGCUGAAGGUUUUAUAAAAGUACUGUACGCUACCGAAACGUUCGCUAUGGGUCUUAAUAUGCCGGCUCGAUCUGUGUUAUUCACGUCUACUCGGAAGUUCGACGGACGCGACUUCCGUUUACUGUCAUCUGGGGAAUAUAUUCAAAUGUCAGGACGCGCAGGUCGUCGAGGAAAAGAUAUACGUGGCACAGUUAUAAUGAUGCUUGAUGAUCGUAUUAGUGCAGAUGAAGCCAGGAAACUCUUACUUGGUGAACCUGACCGACUGGAUUCUUCAUUCUAUCUAACGAAUAAUAUGAUACUUAAUUUACUUCGUGUUGAGGACAUCAAUCCAGAAAUAAUGCUCGCUAAAAAUUUUCAGCAAUUUCAAUGCAGAUCUGAAUUGCCCUAUCUUGAAAAACGUUUAAAUGACACAGAAUCUCUUAUCAAAAAUAUUUGUUUUCCGGAUGAUAUUGAUAUGGAACAGCUUGGCGCUUAUGUUAAACUUCAUCAUGCAGUUGCCGUAUGUGAAUCUGAGAGGUGGGCAUUAGUUUCACAAAGAAAAAGUGUCAUACCUUUCUUUCAGGCUGGUAGAGUGGUUCGAAUUCGCAAUCUGGACGAUUGGGACUUCGGAUGGGGAAUUGUUGUGCACGUAGAUCAGUCUGUGCAUCAAAAAUCCGACAGAAUGUCAGUCAUUUGUCUUAUGGAAGUGGCUGAAGACCGCAUCCUAAGAAAUUCAGAUUAUACAAGAAAACCGAUUCCUUUUUCGUUUGUGAAACCUGCUGAUGGUGUUGAUUUUCAAACUGAUACUUUUACAUCGGUUAUUCAGUUAGUUUCUGUUCCUCUAGAUUGUUUGUCUGGUAUUUCAAGCGUUUGUCUCAAACUAAAUUCAUUAUUGGAGUGUGACAAUCAGAAUACUGAAAUGUUAUUUAACAAGCUUUCAGUUCAACCUGAUCAUGUAAAACGACGUAUUUGGGAAGGUGUUGAUCGUGCCAAAGCAAAAUUAGGAGGAGUACUACCAGUAUUAGAUCCUAUCAAGGAUUUAAAUAUUAAAGACAAUCGUGUGAAACAACAGUGCGAGACAAUUAAUUUAUUGAAAGCACGAAUGACCAUGAAUCCGAUUUCAAAACGUGCUGAUCUAGACAGUCUUAUUGAUCGUUUCAAUUGGAAAGCUACUAAUUUGAGGAAACUCGAAGACAUUCGUGAACGUAUAAACAGAACAGAUUCACUUUCACAUUUUGACGAGUUGCGUGCAAGGAAAAGACUUUUGCGAAGACUUUGUUUUUGUUCAGAGGAUGAUACAAUUGCAUUAAAAGGUCGUAUCGCCUGUGAAAUUUCAACUGGUGAUGAACUGGUACUGACUGAGUUACUGCUGGAUGGGUUCUUUUCACAAUUCUCACCAGUUCAACUAGCAGGUGUCAUGUCAUGUUUUGUAGCAGAAAAACAAACAAAACAUCACAAGAUAAAUCUGAGUCCUGCCAUGAAGAAGGCUAUAAAAAGUAUCCACGAUAAAGCAAGAUAUCUUGCAAAAAUGUCUGCCGAAUGUAAUAUCAACACGGAUCAUAGUAAUAAUGAGAAACAACCAACGACUUUGGUUGAGAAUCUCAGAAAUAAUACAAAUAAUCUUUCGGAUGACGAGCAAGCUUAUGUUAAUCGUUUUGUCGGUGAUUUAAUGGAUGUUGUAUGUGCUUGGGCUGAAGGUGUCAGUUUUUCUCGACUUUGUGAAUUGACAAGUGCAUUCGAAGGUAGUGUAAUUAGAUGCAUCAGAAGACUGGAAGAACUACUAUGUCAAAUGCAUAAUGCAGCCAAAGUUGCAGGAAAUUCGGAGUUGGAAAAUAAGUUUUUAGAAGCCGUGAUCCUAAUCAAAAGAGAUAUCAUCUUCUGUGCAAGCCUAUAUCUUUAACAGUUAUCGAAAAAAGUGUACAAAUCUUGAUAAUAAAAAAAGAUUCAGUAUUUUUGAUG